ACCUUCGCAGACAUGGAGGAAGUCAGAGUGUUUCCACUGACCUGUGCGGUGCAGAAUUAUGCUUGGGGAAAGGUGGGGCUGCACAGUGAGGUAGCUAAGCUUGUUCUUGGCGGAGACCCCCAGGCUGUUAUACAGGAUGAUAGACCAUAUGCUGAGCUAUGGAUGGGUGCCCACCCAAAAGGAGAUGCCCUUAUCAAAGACAACAGGAUAUCUCAGAGGACACUGGGACAAUGGAUUGCAGAUUACCCAGCAUGUUUGGGGUCGAAGGUGAAGGACACUUUUCAGGGUCAGCUCCCAUUCCUCUUUAAAGUGCUGUCCGUCAACACUGCUCUGUCCAUCCAAGCUCAUCCUAACAGAGAGCUAGCAGCUAGGCUGCAUGCACAGUUUCCUGAGCACUACCCCGACAACAACCACAAACCAGAGAUGGCCAUUGCUCUUACAGAGUUUGAAGGUCUCUGUGGCUUCCGGCCAGUAAAGGAAAUCACUUCCUAUCUUAAAAAUGUCCCAGAGUUCCAUGCUUUGGUAGGUAAUGAAGCUGCAGACGAGCUGCAGAGUGGUGUGGAUAAUCCUGAACGAACCUCCCAUGCACUGAAAAAGUGCUUCAGCAGAAUGAUGAACUGUGAGAAGAAAGUAUUUGUAGACCAGCUGAACAUGCUGGUCAAAAGGGUCUCAGAAGAAGGGGCAGCAGGGAAAGACACAUCAGGCAGUAAUGGAGAGCUGCUGCUUCGGCUCCACUCUCAGUAUCCGGGCGAUAUUGGCUGCUUCUCUAUCUACUUCUUAAACCGUAUCAUGCUGCAACCAGGGGCGGCCAUGUUCUUGGGAGCCAAUGAACCCCACGCCUACCUCUCUGGAGACUGCAUUGAGUGCAUGGCAUGCUCUGAUAACACCGUCCGUGCUGGACUGACCCCAAAGUACAUUGAUGUCAACACAUUGUGCGAAAUGCUAAACUACAGUCCUGCUCCAGUCAGUGCCAAAAUCUUCCCUGCGGUUCAGGACCAGUCAGAUCCUUGCGUUUACCUGUAUGACCCUCCUGUACCAGAUUUCACUGUCAUGAGGAUACAGGUCCCCCCCUCAGUAAAGCAGUACACGGUGAGCCCUCUGGACUGUGCUGCUAUUCUGUUGGUGAUUCAGGGAGAGGCCAGCGUUGUCUCAGACAUCAUGCUGCGCAGAGGAUCUGUGCUCUUCAUCUCAGCUAACGAAAGUGUGACACUACAGGUGACGUCAACAUCUGGCAUGACAAUGUUCCGUGCCUGCUGUCUGCUGUAGGGACAUAGUUCCUGAGGUUUGUGUUCUGCUUCAUGGGACACAUUUGAUAUCACUACUGAGCUGAGUAUGAUUUUAGCCCUUAUUUUAAUGUUGUCAGGAGCUACAGGGAGACACUGCUACUGAGGUGAAAACCCAUAACCUCCAAUAAUUUACCAACAGUAUGUGAAUAUAGACAGUGGUGUUUGUUCCUUGUGGUCCCGACAUUAAAACCGAUUAGAGUUAAACUGGGGCAUUGCCUUUUUAAAAACAGGGUGAUGAGUGGAUAAAAAGGGUUAUAAUGUGCCACUUCAUCUUAAUCAAUUAUUAACUUAUUUAUAUCUAUCCUUAAGCAUGAUAAAACACUUUUGUUUGCCUGAACACUCAAUUUACAUUUAUUAUAACUUGGAAAUCCAAUUUAUUCCUAGUAAAGAUGCCCGUGCAUGUAUUUUAAAAAGAAUAGUCCAUUAGUUCUUGAUUCUUAAGGGUCACAUGAACUAUUAAGGUUAUAGGUUAAGAAUGCACAUUUGCAUGGUUUAUGUUUAAUAUACAUUUGAUCUUAAAAUUAGCUCUAAUUUGGUGUGAAAGUAACAGAGAAAAACAGUGGCACAUCAUGUCAGCUAAGAGCUAAACCAUUAUGGUCUUCAGCAUGUCACUCCUUCACUAUUUGAAAUACUUCACUAUUCAGGGACUGUUAUAACAUUAAAAGUGCCACAGAUAAGUUUAGACACUAAGGGGGUUCUUUUUAAACUGCAUUUUUGCCUAUUUACCAAUUUUAACUUUGGUAUUUUUACUAAUUUAGACUAGUUUAAACUUCCCGAGGGCUGAUUGCUAGAUGAGCUUCUAUAAGUGUUUUAAAGCUGCACAGUUAUUGUUUUUAAAAGAUUCUACAUUUUUGAUUUGGAAAGAUGUUACUGAUUAUCGUUCGUGAAGUUCCUGUGUUAACCCAGAGACAGCUUGUGCUAGAGUGUAACAAAGAUUUUAGAAAUGAUUCUCCUAAUAAUUGUUUACUAUGAACUCUGUGCACUUUUACCUGAAAUAAACAAAGGUUGUGUCCUGAAUUCUUAUCCUGCACUUCAUUUAAGUAUGUCUGCUACCUUCAAAUGAAAAUGAGGGCAUUUUCAAGCGUUUUAACCUUCUGUGGCAUGAGUCCAGCAAAACUGUAUGUAAACCCUAAUAAAUGGUAAUUCUGCAUUCA